AUACGCACUCCGUAGCCCACUGACUUUCAAAUUGGACGUCAGGCUUUUCAGUACUCGGACACAAAUAACUAACUACUAUUUAUAUCUCUAUUAUGUUGGUGGGAGUGGAAAUCCGAUGUUUCGCAAAUCCGUCGAUUCCAUUGUUUUUUUUGUUGCUGAAACCUCAAUGAAUCAGUUUUACCAAACUGCCUAGUUGCCCUAGUAGGCGUUGCUCUCUGCAGUAUUUAACAAGUGCACCGGGACAAAGCGAGUUAGUCUCGACAGAGCAGGAACCCGAGAGCUCUUCAGUCAAUUUGCGUAUAACCUACAGACUUCAAUGGGCCUACUAUAACCUCAAUAUUGACACCAGUCUAGGGACUCUCAAAAGCAUUCACGGGGACUUUCUGUGCAAUUUCCGUGUUGACGGAGUUACAAAGGACACCGAAAGGCCUUUUAUUGUGGAUCCUGGCUUUUUCACAACACGGCCUUCCCCCUACUGCGGUGAACGCCACCAUGAGUCUGAGUGUGAACGAGCUGACGGAGCUGAUGGAGAUGUGGGCGGAGCUUAACUUCACAGGGGACAACAUGUCAUCCCACCACGUAGAGGCUCUGCUGUGCCCGGCUGGGUUUAGCCACGCGGCGGUGCUCUACACCCUCUCUGUCCUCUACAUCUUCAUUUUCCUGGUGGGCCUGGCCGCCAACACCCUGGUGGUGUGGGUCAACCUCCGCUCAGAGAGGAACCGCUUUGAAACCCACCUGUACAUCCUCAACCUGGCUGUGGCUGACCUCUGUGUGGUGGCUACUCUCCCAGUCUGGGUCAGCUCGCUGCUACAGCGCGGCCACUGGCCCUUCGGCGAGGCCGUCUGUAAGAUCACCCACCUGGUGUUCAGCGUCAACCUCUUCGGGAGUAUCUUCUUCCUCACCUGUAUGAGCGUGGACCGCUACCUGUCCGUGGCGCUAUUCGGAGACGGAGGGGACAGCCGCAGGAGGAAGGUGGUGCGGAGGGCGAUCUGUAUCCUGGUUUGGCUGCUGGCACUGGCCGCCUCCGUCCCAGACACUUACUUUCUGCAGGCGGUCAAGUCCACACACUCUGACGCCACCCUGUGUCGGCCCGUCUACCCCACUGACAACCCCCGAGAGUGGAUGGUGGGCAUCCAGCUUAGCUUCAUCGUCCUGGGCUUCGUCAUCCCGUUCCCAGUCAUCGCUGUCUUCUACCUGUUAUUAGCAAGCUCCAUUGGCAACGCCAACCCGCGAAAUCCAAUCAAUGAUUAAGCGAUGAUUAUUUUCAGCCGGCAGAUCAUCCUGACCUACAUUGUGGUGUUCCUGGUCUGCUGGCUGCCCUUCCACGGAGUCCUAUUGGUCGACACCUUAUCUCUCCUCAACGUCCUGCCCUUCAGCUGCAGGCUGGAGAACUUCCUGUUUGUGUCCCUCCACCUGACCCAGUGCUUCAGCCUCAUCCACUGCUGCAUCAACCCCGUCAUUUAUAACUUCAUCAACAGAAACUACCGUUACGACCUCAUGAAGGCCUUCAUCUUCAAGUAUUCCACCAAGACGGGCCUGGCCAAGCUCAUUGACGCAUCACAUGUGUCCGAGACAGAGUACUUGGCUGUGGCGGCGGUGGAGAAUAACGUGUGAUUGGCCCGCUGGGAGAGGAAAAUUGUCCCUGAGGGGAAAAUUGUCUUGGACACACAGAGGUGAUGUCACACAACUUACAGAGAACUGACUCUCUACCAAACGGACUCUAUUUAAGGCCUGCUGAAUGGGCUGAACAGUUAACUGACUGAAUGCAGUCCCUGGGAAGGACAUCUCAAGCACAUUAGACGCACUGUAAAAGACCAAGACCAAAUAUGCUCUGUUUCAGUGUAACUCCCAUUUUGUUGUAAUUUCCCCCUUUUUGAGUGAGUUUGGUUAACUUCCCCCUUUUUGAGUGAGUUUGGUUAACUUCCCCCUUUUUGAGUGAGUUUGGUUAACUACCCCCUUUUUGAGUGAGUUUGGUUAACUUCCCCCUUUUUGAGUGAGUUUGGUUAAUUUCCCCCUUUUUGAGUGAGUUUGGUUAACUUCCCCCUUUUUGAGUGAGUUUGGUUAAAUUCCCCCUUGCGUAGUAACAGGGGUGGGGGUCUUCUUGAGAAAGCACUUCUUCUGAACUGGAGACUUGGUGUCACCCAAACAGAUGGUUCAACGACACCGUAAACACACACACACACACACACACACACACACACACACACACACACACACACACACACACACACACACACACACACACACACACACACACACACACACACACACACACACACACACACACACACACACACACACACACACACACACACACACACACACACACACACACACACACACACACACACACUUCCCCCUGCCCUGGUCAGAGCCACAGCGGAGGGAGACGAGGUGCUCUCCCUGCCAGUGUUUAUGUGAGCAGGCAGUCAGUCAACCAGACUCCAUUACUCUGAAGGACCUGCCACUGAAUCAAGCCACUGUGUUUACAUGGAAAUCAGGAAUGUCAAACAGACUGACAGCCGAGACCAGAGUCAAAACUCUAAAGCUAUAUUUUAUUUUGUAUUCUUUAUUCUGAUCCCCAUCAGCUGACUCUUAAGCAACUUCUGGUCUUCACUGGGGCCAUAAAAAAGACAUUACAAACACGAAAGCCAAUCUGUAGAAUGUGAGAAGUAGAUGUAUGUAUGUUGAUGUGUGUAUGAUGGUUAGUGAGGUGUCAAUGUGAGAAGUAGAUGUAUGUAUGUUGAUGUGUGUAUGAUGGUUAGUGAGGUGUCAAUGUGAGAAGUAGAUGUAUCCAUGUUGAUGUGUGUAUGAUGGUUAGUGAGGUGUCAAUGUGAGAAGUAGAUGUAUCCAUGUUGAUGUGUGUAUGAUGGUUAGUGAGGUGUCAAUGUGAGAAGUAGAUGUAUGUAUGUUGAUGUGUGUAUGAUGGUUAGUGAGGUGUCAAUGUGAGAAGUAGAUGUAUGUAUGUUGAUGUGUGUAUGAUGGUUAGUGAGGUGUCAAUGUGAGAAGUAGAUGUAUGUAUGUUGAUGUGUAUGAUGGUUAGUGAGGUGUCAAUGUGAGAAGUAGAUGUGUGUAUGAUGGUUAGUGAGGUGUCAAUGUGAGAAGUAGAUGUAUCCAUGUUGAUGUGUGUAUGAUGGUUAGUGAGGUGUCAAUGUGAGAAGUAGAUGUAUCCAUGUUGAUGUGUGUAUGAUGGUUAGUGAGGUGUCAAUGUGAAGCCAGGAGCAACCAUCCAGUCCCAAACACUCCUCUAGAUGACCCAUUUAGAAAGUAUUGGUGCUUAGUAUGUAGAAUGAAGUAGUAGACUUUCAAAUCCACAUUAUUAGAUCAUUGUUUAUUCUGUAAAUAUCAUAUUUAUAUAUUUGUUGAUCUGUAGGUGCAGUGAUUUUGUGAAGUUUUGUGAAAAGGAAUCAAUGAAGGUGUGCUUUCUGUGUAAUGUUUAAUAAUGGCAGUUCUGCUCCUGUUUAAAAUAAUAUACCAUUAGUUAUAUUUCAGUUAUCUUGUUCUUUUUGUUCAACUCGACUGCAUUUAUUUCACCACACAAAAGAAAAACAGCCAAUGCGUGUACAUUUCAGUCACAACCUGCAAAUCAUUUGUUUUUGAAUUUGCAAACGCAGUUUCUUGCCAGUCAGUGGAUGUUUUUACGCUCUUGGGUAAAAUAACAAAUAAAUGCACAAAAUUGUUUA